AUGAAGCGCACAAGAGGCGCCUCACCAGACGCAGACGACAUCCACCUGCGAAGGGAGAGGGGCCGUAAAGCCCAGCAGGCCUUCCGACAACGACAGAUCACAGCCAUCAAUGAAUUGCGCGCCAGCAAUGAGGCCAUGCAGGCCGCCAUCGCGAAGGUGUCGCAGGUCGCGUCCAAGCUGGGGAGCGCCGAGCUCGACCGCGCCGUGCGCGAUGCUGUGAGCAUCGCCGGGCUGGAGCGACAAGCUCCAGUGAGCCUUGACGCAGGCAAGGCACCAUCACCACCGCCACCGGGACCUUCGUCGGAGCCACAGUUUCCAAGUACGCACGCGCCCUCAUCGUCAUCACAACAGAGUGAGAGCGCGUUCCCACCAGAGGUGGCGCCUUCGCAAUCGCAAUGCACGCCCCAUCUCACCGUCUCACAGCCGGCGGCAUCGCUCCUCGCUUCUCGCACACCAGUGCCGCCAUCGCACCUGUCGCCCCCAUCCGUCCCCCUGGACACGCCAGCAGACGGGCCCCUCCCCGCCUACGCAUCCGGCCGCAUGUCGCCCGGCUUCGGCUACGGCCUCUGGCUCGCGCCCGCGGCGUCGCGGCAGCGCGACCCGCCCAUCGACAUUGCGCCGUACCUCGCCAUCGACAAGACGAGCUUCGCGAGCGUCGUCUACUGGACGGGCAUGAUGUGGGGCACGCGCCUGCUCGAGGCGGCCAUGCGCGGCGACAGCGCCGAGGCCGAGGAGACGUGCCGGUUCUCGUUUGGCGCGCUCCGCGACAUGGGCGGCAGCGACGAGCAGAUCCUGCACGGCAUGCGCGCGCGGCUGUCUUUCCGCCGCCGCGGCUACGUCGAGGCCGACCACCCUGGCUACGACCCCGACAAGGGCGCCCGCGUGCAGGCCCUCAUGCUGAGCCACAGCACGGCCAAGGGUCUGCGGCUCGACAAGUUCCUGCGGCCCGCCGCCGUCGAGCUGGCGUUCCGGCGGCGGCUCGGGCCCGAGUACGCCGUCAUCGAACAGGGGCUCAAGGGCUUGGGGUCGGCCGAGGAGGUCAUGCGGGUGAGGGCGCUUGUGCAGCUCAUGGUCAAGACGUCCAGGUGCCUAGGAGACGGGCCACGGUGGGACAUUGAUCGUGUCGCCACGAUUCUUGAGACGUGGGCCGCCGGGAACAGCGACUCGCCGCGAUCGUAA